AUGCCUGGACUUCUGCCCUUCUUGAAGAGGCUCCGUCGUGCCUUGAACAGCCUGAAGGUGGGUGACAUGGCGCUACUGCCGGGCGGCUGGGGCUGUGGCGAUUUCAUGGAACGCGUGGGGGAGGACAACUAUCGCAUCGCGGUCUUCGGCUUCGGUGACAGCCGCGAAUAUCAUCCGAAGUCGGCACGGAUGCCGCCGAAGGUGAAGUUCCGCCCCAUCGUUUUGGAGAAUCUGCCGCGACGCAAAGCCUUGGAUGACGCCUGGUGGGCGCUCCUCAUCGCCACUAACCUUCCGGAUGUCAACGAGCAGCUUGGUGAAAGGAAACACCGGCGCAUUCGAACCAUGCUGAGGGAUAAGACCAACGCGCAACUCACCUAUGACUUCUUCCUCCCCUACAUGGCAGGGCAAACCUUGGAGCAAGUGAGAGAGGCCUCCGAGAAGACCGCCGAUUCGGAGGACCCGGCGUUGGAUUGGCGCACGCCUGUCUAUGGGCGCUCCAGGAACAACUUCCAUCGUUGCCUUUUGGACGCCUUGCACUACUGCCUGCGAAGGAAUGGUCUCAGUAAAGCGCGAACCAAGCUGGUGAAGUUUUGCCUGAGGACAUCUUUGUUGCGCCUGGCUUCCAACGACGUGAAGGCGGUGUUGGAGCUCAGUGGGUCGGAUCGGACCUUGGUGAGGAUGCUGUGCAAGCAGGUGGCUUUCACUGCAGCCAAGCUUUCGAAGGUUGGCCAUUUGAAUCUCGACGGGCUGCGGCAGAUCAAGCAGACGGUCGAUGAGGUGGAAACAAAGCUCUUGCAGAAGACCUGCAGUGAGGGUACUGCCUCCAAACCACCUCUGUUGGACCUGUGUACCGGCGAAUCGUCUUCUCAUGUGGCCCUGGGCAAGGCAGUUCCUGGGCGUUUGGCGGAUCAGGUGAUGUGUUUAGGCAGCUUCACUGCAGGCGGGCGGGCUUGGGCGGUACAGAGCGAUGAGCCCAGCUGGUGGGAGAAAGCUGGCUUCCCAGCCUGUGAUUCGGCCUCGGGCAUCUUCCCGCUCUUCGAACGCCUCCUGCGAGAGGAGCUCGAAGGGAAGGAAGGCAGCGCACUGGAUACCUCCCAAUUGCCACCAGUGAACUUCGACCUCUUGGCGGGAAAGGUCCGUAGCAUGAGUGAUGCAGUGGCAGCCCUGAAGACCACCGACUACUUGUUGGCACAAUUGGACAAUCUCAGUUCGAGCUUGCGCUUUGCGCAUUUCUUGAAGAUUGCCCUGGUGCAGCAUGUCUUCACUCGUUUGCUUCCUGUGCCCUUGGGCCCGAUCUCCCGCACACGUGGCGUGGAUCCAGUCUGGGGCACCACUGCCACGCCAGAGCAGCAGGUGGACACGGCCUUGGUGGUCAAACGCAUUGCGCAGCACUUCGCCAUGAGCUGCGGGGCCACGGCAGGCCAUCGGGGCUUCGAUGGAACGCGCGUCAUCGUCCUGGGCACCAUGGCCCGGACGCCCAGCUUUCGAGCCCACGAGCGUCCAAAGAAGCAGCCCGUUUCAGCGAGGUCAGCGGCCGUGGUGAUUCUGAUGGAUCGUCUCCUUCGACAACCCUUGACGACCACGACCAGCAAAGCCGUGGCCGGACGCAUGGACGACGAGCACGAGGAAGAGACGCGGUUCUUAGUGUCCUGGGAGGUCUAUGCGAAGCAGUCUGAGACCUUCUUGCUCUUCUCGCCUGACCUCAAUGUAGCUCGAGCACGGACCUUGGCCUACUUCCAGGAGGUGGAGCAGGAAGCGCGAGAGCAGGGCGCCAAGAUCAAGCACAUCUUCCAGUGGGAGCGUGAUGGUUGGGUCAUGGAAUUUCCAGACCAGGGCGCGGAGGCCUUAUGUGGCAAGAUGGCCAAGAGCCUCUACAAGAGGCAAGAUGGCCGGGGUGUCGAGCGAACGAACUUGAUCGACAGCUACGUAGACAGCUACUUCCCAGAGUUUGCUGCCUUUCGCGACGUCUGUAUGUGGUGGAAGUUCUACUUGUGCACCGACCCCAUCGUGUUCCGAUUCCAGGCGUUGGAGUUCUCGGACGGGCACCUACAGUGGUCCAUCGACAUCCACCCGCGCUUCCAGAAGCGCUGCUACAUCGUGAAGUCUUUUGGACAAGGGAACCGUGCGCAGAUGCUUUUCGGAAAACUGGAGAAGCCCGCGCUGAAGGAGCAUCGUUAUCAGUCUGAAGCGCUCCCAAGUAACCUGGCGGGGCAGAGCAUUUGGUCCGAGGACGACGUGCUCCACGUCCACACCUUACCCUCGUUUGGAGAUCGUCCCCGAUCCCAGACCCCGCGGACGUCGGGAUGUGGAGACGUGGAGUGA